AUGAAACAAUUAUACAAAAAACGAAGGACAAAGAGAAGAAAGACUCUUCCCAAAUACGUUGUAUACAAGGACUUAACUGAAAGAGAAGAGACCAAGCUGACUCCAAGACAGCUUCUGAUGAUAAUGAAGAAAAAGGGGAUUAUAACAGACGGAAUAAAGGAGCUUGACAGAGAAACAACCGAAAUAUUUCCUGGUGUAAUUCCAUGCAGGAAGAAUAAAAAAGAGGAAAAUUCUGUGGAUAGUAAUGAAGAGAUGCCAGAAAUUGCAGUAGCCCCCGAGAAGAGAAUAAAUGACAAAAAAAAGACAAUAGCAGACAAAACAGACAAAUUACAGGAAGUAAAGGAAAAAGAGUCCAUAAAGAAGAAAGAAAAAAACUCUGAAAUGGCAGACAUAAGCAAGAAUGAAGAAAAAUCGUCUAUAGAAACCGUAAAAACAAGGAUAUGCAUAGAGAAGGGAGUAGUGAAGAAAAUAUUAGAGGAGACCUCUGAUGUUAAAGUGAUGGCAAAAGAAGCAGAGAAAGGCAGUUCAGAAGAAUCAUUAAAGCAUGUAAAUAUAAAAAUAUCACCAGAAUUACCCAAGCUAUUAAAAACAAUUGAGAAUAAAAAUAAUAUAAUACCAGAGAAAAGCAUUACAGAGCCACCAGCAGAUAUAAUAAAAAGAGUGGACCCUUCGCGUAUUAUAGUAAAGAUGCGCCUUCUUCCAUCGGAUAAUAAAAUAAAACAUGUGAACUGCAGCUCAGUAAUAAUUCAAGUAUUACAGAGUAUAGAAGAGACUAAGUAUGAAGUGUGCGCUGAAUUAUUAGCAGAUAUGAAAAGAGAAAUAGCACAGCACACGUGCACUAUACGGCCACUAUUAAGUUCUAUUAUAAAAAGACUAAGUACAGUCUUAGAAAGGCCUGGAGAGCACGCACACAUGGCAACCGCUGAUGCACUGCAGAAAGUGGUAAUGACGUAUAAAAAUAUAACACAAAACCGUAAACACUGCUGUAUAGGGCAAUAAAUAAGUACACCC